AUCUCCCACAAUGCCUCGCACACAACGACCGGCCGUGAGAGGAGAGAAGAGGGCGGAGAAGAGUUUGCGCUCCAUCCAUGGAGCUUUCCUCCGCAGCGCAGUGACGCAGAGGCAGCCGCAGACAUGGUGAAGGAUCAGGAAGUGGAGCGCAUCGCCAGGAAGUUGGAUAAAAUGGUGCAGAAGAAGAGCAUGGUGAGUGAAAGCAGCCGACAGGUGAUGAUGAGCGAGGACAGUGCUCUGGACCUGCUGAGAGAACUGAAGAACAUCAAGAUGUCUCUGGAGACGCUGCAGUCUACCAGAGUGGGUAUGUCGGUGAACGCUGUGAGGAAACAAAGUUCAAAUGAAGAAGUUCAGACUUUAGCCAAAACUCUCAUCAAGUCCUGGAAGAAACUGCUGGAUGGUUCAGAGGAGAAGAAAAAGGACAGCUCUCCGGUCAGGUCUUCAUCCACCUCCAAGGAUUAUGGCAGCAGUGAAAAAGGCAGUAAAUCUUCUGAGGGGCCCCCAUCCACCCCCACUUCCCCAACUACCACCACCCUCUCUCAGGUCACCUCCUUCCCCCCCGCCCCCGUAACUACGGACUGCGUGAGAAGCAAGUGUCGAGAGCUGCUGGUAGUGGCGCUGCAGACGGACGAUGACCAUAAGGCCAUCAGAGUGGACUGCGAGCACCUGGCGGCUCAAAUCGAAGAACAGAUCUUCCAGGAGUUUAAGUCGACAGACAUGAAAUAUAAAACCCGUCUACGAAGUCGAAUCUCCAACCUGAAAGACCAGAAGAACCCAGAACUGCGCCGCAACGUACUGUGUGGAAACAUCUCGCCACAUCGCAUCGCCUGUAUGACUGCUGAGGAAAUGGCGAGUGCAGAGCUGAAGCAGAUGAGAGAGGCUCUGACAAAAGAGUCAAUCAGGGAGCAUCAGCUUUCCAAGGUUGGAGGAACUGAGACGGACAUGUUUAUCUGCAGCAAGUGUCAUGGAAAGAGCUGCACGUACACGCAGGUGCAGACCCGCAGCGCUGAUGAGCCCAUGACCACUUUUGUUUUGUGUAACGACUGCGGCAACCGAUGGAAGGUUUCUCUGCAUUGGGGCUGAUUGGGGUGUCUCUCUCUUUGUAUUUGUCUUUCAGUUCUGUUGAAGAAAACUUGGCCGUUUAUUCUUCUGUCAAGAAGCAAAUUGAAGUUAUUGAAGUUGAUUUUUUUUUUUUUUUUUUUUUUUUUGUUUGGUGUAAUUUCUUUUUAUAUAUCAAACUAAAUGCUGCAAUGUAUUUGGAGAGAUAAAAGCCAGCUGAUGUUGUCCAUUGGUUGAAUUGGUUUUGUAUUGAUGACUGAGACUUAUUUUCUGAAGGUGCUUUGAGCCAGAUUCAAAUCACAGCUCACAGAAACAGUAUGCCUUUCUUUGCCAUGAUGUGCUGAACAUAUUAAAGCUGCUCUUGGAUGAAGACCA